AUGUCGCAGAAUAAUGACUUGGCCUAUGGCCGCUACUACGAAUCGGACCGCGGGUCGGGCGAGGGCUCUAGAGGUCUAAGCGACACCUUCAAGAAGCUCAAGGAUACCUACAAGACUCACUCCAAGCCGUCCGGUCAGGGAUAUGGCCAGGGUGGUGCCCAGGGGUCGUCGCAACAGAAUUAUCAGGACCAGAGUCAAGGCCCAUACGGGUACAGCCACGGUCCACAAGGCCAGCAAGGCCAACAGGGCCAGCAAGGCCAACAGGGUCAGCAACAGCAGUAUUACUCGGGCCAGACCCCGCAGGACCAGAAUCACCCACAGAAAGAAGAUAAAAUCCAAGGAUUACUGGGCAAGAUCCAAGGUACCGUGACCGAUCUUGGUUCCGGUUUGGCUACCAAACUCGGAACCGCCAUCGAUCCACAGGCCUACGCCGCGUAUGGAGCGACCAAGCCCAGCUCAGAGCACCGUUUUGGCAGCUUCGCUCCUCCCCGUGAACACAAUGAUGUGAAGCCAUACGUCGAUGGUUGCUCCUAUUUCUGGGCAGUGUCAGUGGCGCUGGAGAAUGCGCGCGAGUCGAUCUGGAUUCUUGACUGGUGGCUAUCUCCCGAACUCUACCUGAGAAGGCCUCCCGCUGAGAAUGAAAAAUACCGACUGGACCGAAUGCUCAAGGAUGCUGCAGUUCGUGGCGUGCGCGUGAAUAUUAUUGUUUACAAGGAAGUCACCCAGGCUUUGACGCUGUCCUCCGCCCACACCAAGCAUGCCCUGGAAGGCCUCCACCCCAAUAUUGCUGUCUUCCGCCACCCUGAUCAUCUGCCUGAUCGCCAGGCAUUGGUAUCCGAUAUCGCGCACUCGUUCGAGAACCUUUCGCUCACCUCCACCAGCCUCUCGAAAAUGUCCAAGGACACCUUGAAAGGCCUGUAUGGCACGACCGACGAUGUCAUUCUAUACUGGGCUCACCACGAGAAAUUGUGUCUCAUUGACGGCCAAAUCGCUUUCAUGGGCGGCUUGGAUCUGUGCUUCGGCCGAUGGGACACUCAUCAGCACGCAAUUUCCGAUGUGCACCCGUCGAACAUCAACGAAACCGUCUUCCCGGGACAGGACUACAACAACUCCCGUGUCCUCGACUUCCACAAUGUCUCGGAGUGGGAGCAAAACCAGCUCGAUCGACUGACCACAUCUCGCAUGGGAUGGUCGGACAUUUCGAUCGGCCUGCGAGGCCCGGUUGUCGAGGACCUUCGACGCCACUUCGUGGAGCGCUGGAACUUUAUCUACGAUUCGAAGUACCAGGUUCGUCAGAAUACUAGGUAUACACGACUUGCACUCUUUGGACAACCUACUUCAUCUUCUGGACCGCAACCCGGUGCUGCACAGCAGCCGGGACAAAACCAGUCCGGAGCACCCAAUCAGUCACAGCCCCAGCCCCAGCAGCAGCAGGCAUCGACUCCCCCUGUGGCAGACUCAGCAACAUCUUCGAGCCCCCAGCCGCAACAAUAUCAGCAGCAGCAGUACAAUACCUCUUCAUCUUAUCAGUCUAGUAACACGCCCAGCUACCCUCCCCCACCCGGGCAACACUCGUCCGAUCAGAGUCACCAGCAACAGCCGCAAAUCCCUGCUCCAUCCUCGCAAGCAUACCACUCUGAUAACACUCAAAGCUACCAAUCUGGCCCAAGCCCAUCAUCAACCCCCAAUCAGCCAUCCCCAAGCCAAGGAUCCCACCAGUACAGCUACACGGGUGAUUCAUUCCCUCCACCACCCCCAGGACCGCCACCAAGCCAGUCUCCUGCAAGUCAGACAUAUCAACAUCAGCAGCAACAGACCCAAGCACCCUCCUACCCUCCACCGCCAACCCAAAGUCCCAGCGGCUCGACCCAGCAGAGCCAGCAACAGGGCCAGACUCCCUACUACCCACCUCCACCUGGCCAGGAAACUUCCCAUUCCGGCACACGUGGAAUUGACGACUACAACUAUGGAGGUGACCAGAGUCGGGGCUUCGCGCCGAAGGGCUUCAUUGAUAAUAUCACACAGAUUCGUGGCCAGCUCGCCGGCCAGAUCCACCAGUACCAGGAUCGGCUUACCACGUACGGUCGCCCACAGUCGCAGGGUCGUGGCAACAUGUCUUGCCAGAUUGUCCGCAGCUGUGCCAAAUGGAGUAACGGCAGCCCGGUCGAGCACUCAAUUGCUGAUGCGUAUGCUGCCAUUAUCAAAAACAGCCAGCAUUUCGUGUAUAUUGAGAAUCAGUUCUUCAUCACGGCCACUGGGGACUCGCAGCACCCCGUGAAAAACCAGAUCGGUGCUGCCAUUGUUGAGCGUAUUCUGCGCGCCGCUCGUGCUGGCCAGAAGUACAAGAUCAUCGUGGUGAUGCCUUCGGUACCCUCCUUUGCGGGUGACCUCCAUGAUGACGAAACCUUGGGUACUCGUGCUAUCAUGGAGUUCCAGUAUAACUCAAUCAACCGUGGCGGAAACAGCAUUAUGGAAAUGAUCGCCAAGGAAGGGUUCAAUCCAAUGGAAUACAUUCGUUUCUACAACCUGCGAAAUUAUGAUCGGAUCAACAACGCUGGACUUCUUUCUGCUGUGGAGCGGGAGAGCGGCGUUCCCUACGAGGACGCUCGCAAGCAGUACGAUCAGCAGACAGCCGGUGCUGCUGGCUAUCCUGCGCCUCCCCCUGGACCUGAUGCUACACGCAGCGCAUUCGAUACGUCUGCUCCGUUCCAGCAGUACCAGCAAGCAGCCCAGAAUCACAAUCAGGGUGGCAAGCCUGCUGGAUCUGGCCAAUGGGACAGUGUUAGCUCGUGCUACAUGCUGGGCGGGCAGGAUAUUCGCAAUGUGCCGUGGGAUGGACACCCCGACGCCGAAAUCGACGCUUUCGUGAGCGAGGAACUCUAUAUUCACUCCAAGGUGAUGAUCGCCGACGACCGCGUGGUGAUCUGCGGCUCCGCCAACCUCAACGACCGCUCCCAGCUUGGCUACCACGACUCCGAGAUAGCUGUCAUCAUCGAGGACUUUACUCCCCUUCAGUCUAACAUGAACGGCCAACCCUGGAUGGCCAGCCGCUUUGCCGCAUCCCUGCGCCGCGAACUAUUCCGCAAGCACCUGGGUCUGCUUCCUCCCCAGGACUAUAAGCGUCCCAACGCCAGCUUCGAACCUCCCGGUGUCCCCGAUAACUUCGACCUCGAAUGCCCCGAAAGCAAGGUCGUCGCCGAUCCACUCGCGGACACCCUCCAAAGCCUGUGGAACUCGCGUGCACACACCAACACUGAGGUCUUCCGCAAGGUCUUCCACGCUGUUCCCGACGAUGUCGUGCGUAACUGGGCUACUUACAAGGAGUUCUACGAGUACUACUUCCACAAGGCGGAUAAGGAGGCCGAGAAUAAGGAUGGUUCCAGCCGGCCUCCACGAUUCCAGUGGGGUCACGUUGUGCGUGAUGACUUCGCACCUGGUGCGGAGGGCGCGAAGCAGGUUAAGGAAUUGUUGAGCCAGGUUAAGGGUACAUUGGUGGAAAUGCCAUUGAUGUUUUUGAUUGAGGAGGAUAUUGCGAAGGAAGGUAUUACGUUGAAUGAAUUCACGCAGCCGAUUUAUACUUAG